AUGCACCAGUCAUCCGAGACACCAGCUGCAUUUGAUAGAGUUCCGGCCGAAAUAUGGCUGUCAAUAGUAGACAUUCUCAUCCGGACAGGGGUGAGUGAAGGGUCAAAGCAGCUCGGACAAGCCACAAAGCAAAUUGCCAACCACCGGUAUCUCAGGUGCUUGAUUCAUCUCGCUACAGCAAAUAGCCGGUUCCAUUCUCUCAUCGCACCCUACGUAUUUUCGAUAUUCUCUGCACGCGUGCUGCUCUGGGCGGCGAAGACUGGACGGAGAGGACUCGCAGAAGAGGCCAUCAGCGCAGGCGCAUUCUUAGAUGUGAGGAACGAGCUACGCCAAACACCGUUGCUUUUGGCAGCAAAGCACGGCCAUAGUUCCAUUGUUGAAUUGUUGCUCACAACCACAGAUGGAGCCACGAAUGUGCCAGCUCAUCGAGGACCGAAGGAUGCCGCAAUAAUAGGCGAAAAUAGAUCCUAUGUCGUCGCGCAGUCGGGGUCACAUUGCCUGGACAUUGAGGCAACUGACGAGCUGAUAAUGUCAGCUCUCGGUGAGGCAGCAGUGCGAGGCCAUAGCAGCAUCACCAGACUUCUCAUUGUUCACGGAGCCAGCACUUCUUCUCGAUUGCAAGGCGGCCAAACACCACUUCAUCUUGCUGCAUCUAGUGGAAAUUUACAGACAGUACAAACUUUUCUCCAAGCCAAAAGAAUAGAUUGGAACGCAGGCGACAUGAGCGGCCACAGCCCGCUCUUUCUGGCUGCCGCGAAUGGUCACACUCCCACAGUCGACUUUUUGAUGCUACAAGGCGCGCAUGCCACUACUCUUAAUCUUGGUGAUCAAACACCGCUUCACAUCGCAGCCGCGAAUGGGCACAAAAAUGUGGUGGAGCUUCUUUUACGCCUGCCAGAAGUUGUCCCUCUGGCAAGAGAUAGGGGUGGUUACACACCAGCAGAUCUAGCUGCAAGGAACGGCCAUGUUUUUCUAGCCAUGCUCUUAUGCGCUCAUCAAGGCCCUCUGAGCACCCUCAUUUGUUUGAACGUUGCCACGCGGAAUCGUUUGCUCCAAUUCAUCAGUAGCUUACGGCCACCUAGGCGAAUAAGGGGCAAGUUCGAAUAUUCAUAUAGCCAUGUCUGA